AUGUACUCACUUCCGCAUUUGCCCUCCAGCACUCAAGUCCCCAACAACUCGAGACCAAGGCGAACCAUGGUCGUGUCGAUCUCCAGCGCCAGCCGCGCGAUUUUCGCGCUCUGCUCCCUCAUCGCCGCGCAGGCCGCCGCGGUCCCGGCUGACAUCGGUCCGUGUCUCGACAAGGCCGGCAUCGAGAACUCGGUGCCCAAGACCACGACCUGGACGAUGGACAUCCAGCCGUGGAACUCGCGCGUGAACCCCCAGCCUGCGGCUGUUGCGUUCCCCAAGACGGAGGCCCAGGUGUCGGCCGCGCUCAAGUGCGCCGCCGAUGCCGGCGUCAAGGUCACCACGCUGGGCGGCAACCGCUCCUUCUCGAGCAUGGGUUUCGGCCGCAACAACGGCGCCCUCGUCAUGCACCUCAAGUACCUCAAGCACCUCAAGUACGACGCGUCCACUGGUCUGCUGUCGUACGGCGGCCCCGUCAUGAUCUCGGAGACCGCCAAGUACAUGUGGGAGUUUAACCGCACUCUGCCCCACGGCCGCUACCCCGACGUCGGCAUGACCGGUGUGGCCGCCUCGGGUUUCGGCACCCUCUCGCGUACCGCUGGCACAGUGCUGGACAACGUCGAGGCCGUGCGUGUGGCCCUGGCUAACGGCACCAUCGUGGACGCCAGCGCCAAGCAGAACGCGGACCUGUACUGGGGCGUGCGCGGCGCUGCCAGCUCCAUGGGCGUGGUGCUGGACUUCAAGAUCAAGACGAUCGAGCCUCCGUCGGAGCGCGUGACGAACUACACCAUCGCCUUCAACUCGAGCGUCAAGCCGACCCAGCAGGACAACGUCAACGCCUUCCUCGGCACGCAGAACCUCAAGACCAGGUCCACGCUCCAGGGUUUAUUCUACGGCUCGCCCGAGCAGGCCAAGACCGUGCUCGGCUCGCUCAUGAAGAACCUGCCGGCCUCGAUGAUGCUCACCACGACCGACAACGACUUCUGGACGUCCGAGGCCAUCUCGACCCCCGGCCUCGUGGAGGAGGCCAUGUCCCCCCGCCGCUACUUCUACAUCGCGUCGGUCACGAUCCCCAGCUCCACGCCGCUCGACAACUCGACGGCCUGGCAGCUCUUCUCCAGCACCGCGUUCGCCCCCGCGCUCCCGGACGCUACGGCCUCUGGCUUCGUGGACAUCUGGGGCGGCAAGUACGCCAAGGGCGUCACGGCCGACGCCUCGGCCUGGAAGCACGACGACCGCCUGCACCUCACCCGCUGGGACAUCCGCACGCCGUCCUUCGACGUCAAGUUCGCCGACACCACGAUCACCACCAUGCGCACCAACUUCUACAAGUUCGUGGACGCCUACAAGGCCAAGGGCGGCGUGCCCGGCGGCUUCACGACGUACCGCGACGAGCGCUGGACCGUGAGCGAGAUGGCCGAGUUCCUGUACGGCGGCGGCAACUUCGCCAAGCUGCAGAAGAUCAAGACCAAGUAG